AUGUCGUUCUCCAAUUUAGUUUCCGAUAUCGCGUUUCGCGAUGCCAAUUCCGAUGAUCGCGCUUCACAGGUUUCACUUGCCCGGUCGCGCACGGCGCGGUCGUACGCCAGCACCAACGCCACCAGUGUAACUAGCGUCAGCAUCUCUGGUGACAUUUCCAGCCAGCUUCACGCAGGAUACAGUCACCCGUUGAGUCGAUCAUGGCAAGCUGAAAGGCAAUUGACAAAGGAAAUGCUUAUUUAUCCACUCUUCAUUACCGAUAAUCCCGACGAGGAGACACCGAUCCCCUCCCUGCCCAACCAAUACCGUCGCGGAGUCAACCGUCUUGUCCCGUUUUUGGCACCGCUCGUGCGUAAAGGCCUGCGAUCAGUCAUCCUUUUCGGAGUCCCCCUCCACCCCGCAGCGAAAGAUGCGCUCGGGACAGCAGCCGACGAUCCGGCCGGUCCCGUCAUUCAGGCCAUUCGCCUUCUUCGAUCUCGUUUCCCUCAACUCUACAUCACCACCGACGUCUGCCUGUGUGAGUACACCUCGCAUGGCCAUUGUGGUAUUUUGCGAGAAGACGGAUCCCUAGACAACGCGCAGUCUGUAGAUCGCAUAUCCGACGUCGCACUGGCCUACGCCGUCGCUGGCGCCCACUGUGUCGCUCCUUCCGACAUGAACGAUGGACGGGUGCGCGCCAUCAAACUCAAACUGAUCGAAGCCGGCCUGGCCCAUCGCGUUUUGCUCAUGUCAUACAGCGCCAAGUUUAGUGGCUGCCUGUACGGCCCCUUCCGUGAUGCGGCUGGCUCGUGUCCGUCCUUUGGAGAUCGUCGGUGCUACCAGCUUCCCCCCGGCGGUCGGGGUCUUGCCCGCCGUGCCAUUCAAAGGGAUAUUGCCGAAGGUGCAGAUAUCAUCAUGGUCAAGCCCGCAAGCAGCUAUCUGGAUAUCAUUCGGGAUGCCAAGGACUUGGCCCAGGAUAUGCCCGUCGCUGCAUAUCAAGUGAGUGGUGAAUUUGCCAUGAUCCACGCGGGUGCCAAAGCAGGAGUAUUCGACUUGAAAACCAUGGCCUUUGAGAGCACAGAAGGAAUUCUCCGCGCAGGUGCUGGCAUUGUCGUGAGCUAUUUUGUGCCAGAAUUCUUGGACUGGCUGUGA